UUGCGAAUCGGAACGAACAACUCGAAAGAAAGAUAAAAAUUAAUACGCGUUGAAGCGCCAAGUUUAGCAACGGUCGGAAUUGUUUGACAAACGUUGUUUGUUCUGUGAGUGGUUUGAAAUCUGGUGUUUUUGGCAGUAACCGUUGAACCAAAGACGAGAUCCAGCUGGCACGUGCUUGUUAGAUGUGGUAGUGAUUAAUUACGAUUAGGUACCAGCCAGUAGAGCACAAAAUAUUUAUUUAAACACAGUGCACGAAAUCCAACUGAACUGUAUAACUACAAGCUGGUUUGUGGUAAUAAAUAGUGCCGAAUAACAAAAAUGAACGCCGAGGAAUUCCGUGUUUACGGAAAGCAGAUGAUCGACUAUAUCUGUGAUUAUGGAAACACCAUCGAGGAACGGGACGUUGCACCGACGGUCGAUCCCGGCUUUUUGCGUCAACUGUUGCCAGAUGAAGCCCCUCAAAAGGGUGAAGACUUCAAGCGAAUGCUGGAGGACGUCGAACACAACAUCAUGCCCAAUAUGGUGCACUGGAAUCAUCCGCGGUUUUUUGCCUACUUCCCGUCCGGAAACUCGUACCCAUCGAUCCUAGGCGACAUGCUGAGCAGUGCCAUCGGGUCAAUUGGUUUCUCAUGGGCUUCAUCCCCGGCGGCUACUGAGCUGGAAGCGAUUGUAUUAGACUGGUACGCUAAGGCAUUGGAUCUGCCGGCUUUCUUCCGAACUGAUUAUGCUUACGGUAGCGGGGGUGGCGUCCUGCAGGGAUCAGCCUCAGAGGGUGUACUGGUUUGUAUGAUGGCCGCACGUGCACGGGCCAUCAAGGCAUUGAAAGGAGAUAACCACGAGGUACACGACAGCGUCUAUUUGCCCCAGCUGGUGGCUUACGCAUCAAAGGAAGCGCACUCAUCGAUUGAGAAGGCAGCCAAGAUGGCAAUCGUUCAACUAAGAGUUCUCGAAACGGACAGUCACGGGGUGUUCCGAGGAAAAACAUUACAAGAGGCUAUCGAGCGAGAUUUGGAGAGGGGAUUGACACCAUUUUUCGUGGUCGCCACUGUCGGAACGACAUCGGCUUGCGUCUUUGAUAAUCUGGUUGAAAUUGGUGAAGUUUGCAAAAAAGUACCAAGCAUUUGGUUCCACGUGGACGGGGCGUACGCUGGAAAUUCAUUCAUUCUGCCAGAGAUGCGACGCUUUAAGAACGGUCUAGAGCAUGCCGACUCGUUCAACACCAAUCCCAAUAAGUUACUACUAACUAACUUUGACUGCUCAGCUAUGUGGGUUAAGGAUGUUAAGCUUCUCACUACAGCCUUGGCGGUGGACCCACUCUAUCUACAGCAUGACCAUAGGGGAGCCGUUGAUUUCCGCCAUUAUGGAAUUGCACUCAGUCGUCGAUUCCGAGCGCUGAAAUUGUGGUUCGUCUUUAGGACUUAUGGAAUCAUCGGGCUGCAACGAUACAUUCGCAAUCACAUUGCCUUGGCUAAGCGCUUCGAAUCUCUUGUCAUGUUGGAUGAUCGCUUUGAAGUACGUAAUGAUGUCAACCUCGGGCUGGUUUGUUUCCGUUUGAAAAGACACGACUGCAUUAAUCGUGAUUUACUCGCUCGCAUCAAUCAUUCCAAGAAGUUUCACAUGACACCGGCCAUGGUUGGAGGCAAAUAUAUAAUAAGAUUCUGCGUUACUUAUGAGCAUGCCACUCCGGAACAUAUUGAUUACGCUUGGGAAGAAAUUAAAAACUUCGCUGAGGAAACAUUGGCCGCGGAGGACGGCGGCAAGGUUGAUAAGCAGCCGAUCAGUAAGAAAGUCCCGAAGAAGCUCACCCGCAGCAUGUCAACCCGGUUCUCCUUCACGCGCAGCGUGUCGCGCGAGAUUUACGAGCGACAAAACAGCCGAUCGCAACUCACGGAUGGUGCCACCCCGAUUGUUAUCAUCGACACCGAUGAGAUCUUACAGAACCUGCAGCGAGCGUCUUCGAGGGUAAACGGUUCGGAUCGACCCUCCAACCAGGUAGAACUGUACGAAACCGACAGCACGGAUGAAGCUAGCAAUUGACUAGGACCCGAAACGCCAACCGCGACUACCAUGACAGUGCUUCUGCCUAGAAGCGGAACGUUUUUCCAUGAGAACCAUUACCCACCGGGGUCUCCGGGAGCCCUCGAUUUUGGCGGAAGCCUGGGGCGCCAGUGCAAGUCCAAAAGUUGCUCUAGUAUUAGACAGAUGUGAUGCUGUAGCUUUAGUAUAUUACCUACUUCACACUUUCUCUCGAUCUAUGUUUUGUUAUAUUGUACUGCAUUGACACAGAAGUAUUAUUAGAAGAGUAGAAACGUAUUUAGUAAAUCCAUCUCUUUUUUUUAGUGGAUGAAAACGUUGUUGUAUACAUGUGAGCUUUACUAUUGUAGUGUGAAAAAACAACUAGUAGACAUACAAAUAUACAUAUAUUUAUUCGAACCGUUGAAAUUUUUCAAUCCAUCAA